AAAACUGACUAGGUUCGAGGUGCAACAGAUACCGUUAAAGACAGUGCAUUGCAGUACCAGGCGGGAUAGGACCGAGGAAGGAAGGAAAGAAAAAAGGGACGGUGCCAAUUGGAUCGAAACCUCGCCUUCAUUUUGAUUCAGGAUGGGGAACAGAGAUGACGAGUAUGAUUACUUGUUCAAAGUGGUGUUGAUAGGAGACUCUGGUGUGGGGAAGAGUAACCUGUUGUCUCGUUUCACCCGGAAUGAGUUUAACCUGGAGAGUAAGAGCACCAUCGGGGUGGAGUUUGCCACCCGCAGUAUCCAGGUGGAUGGGAAGACCGUGAAGGCUCAGAUCUGGGACACAGCUGGCCAGGAGAGAUACCGGGCUAUUACAUCAGCGUAUUACCGUGGUGCCGUGGGGGCUCUUCUGGUCUAUGACAUCGCCAAGCACCUGACCUAUGAAAGCGUGGAGCGUUGGCUGAAGGAGCUGAGAGACCAUGCUGACACCAACAUCGUUAUUAUGCUGGUCGGCAACAAGAGUGACCUGCGUCACCUCAGGGCUGUGCCCACCGACGGGGCACGGGCGUUCGCGGAGAAGAACGGCUUGUCUUUCCUGGAGACUUCAGCCCUGGAUUCUACUAACGUGGAGACAUCCUUCCAGACCAUUCUGACUGAAAUCUAUCGCAUCGUGUCUCAGAAACAGAUGUCAGACCGGCAAGACAACAACAUGUCGCCUAGCAACAACGUGGUCAACAUCCAGGUGCAGCCGACGGAGAAUAAACCAAAGAUGCAAUGUUGUCAGAGCAUCUAACAGCAUCGCCAGUACCACCUGCUACCCCCUGACCCCCGACCCCAAACCCCCUUCUAAAAGACUGCUUUGGUCCUGUCUGUCUGAGACAGCUGCGUGGCCAGGCUCUAGUCUGAGACACAGCUGCGUGGCCAGGCUCUAGUCUGAGACACAGCUGCGUGGCCAGGCUCUAGACUGAGACACAGCUGCGUGGCCAGGCUCUAGUCUGAGACACAGCUGCGUGGCCAGGCUCUAGUCUGAGACACAGCUGCGUGGCCAGGCUCUAGUCUGAGACACAGCUGCGUGGCCAGGCUCUAGACUGAGACACAGCUGCGUGGCCAGGCUCUAGACUGAGACACAGCUGCGUGGCCAGGCUCUAGACUGAGACACAGCUGCGUGGCCAGGCUCUAGACUGAGACACAGCUGCGUGGCCAGGCUCUAGUCUGAGACACAGCUGCGUGGCCAGGCUCUAGUCUGAGACACAGCUGCGUGGCCAGGCUCUAGUCUGAGACACAGCUGCGUGGCCAGGCUCUAGUCUGAGACACAGCUGCGUGGCCAGGCUCUAGUCUGAGACACAGCUGCGUGGCCAGGCUCUAGUCUGAGACACAGCUGCGUGGCCAGGCUCUAGUCUGAGACACAGCUGCGUGGCCAGGCUCUAGUCUGAGACACAGCUGCGUGGCCAGGCUCUAGGAUCUAUACUGCAGAGUUGAGGCUGCCUCCAAAGUGUGCACUUGUCUUGCACACUCCAUGUCAUGGAUUUAAAAGCAUUAGAUUGUAAUUAUUGGCAGAAGGGAGUUUCUUUCCACCGUUGUUAAGCCUAAAUCCAUGAUGGGAAGUGUGCAAGUGAACACUUUGAUAAAAGGGUGUAUAAUUAGGGUGCAGCUGUGUCUGAGCCUGUUGGUUCCUUAAGGAUCCCCCGUCAGGACUAUACAGCUGUGUCUGAGCCUGUUGGUUCCUUAAGGAUCCCCCGUCAGGACUAUACAGCUGUGUCUGAGCCUGUUGGUUCCUUAAGGAUCCCCCGUCAGGACUAUACAGCUGUGUCUGAGCCUGUUGGUUCCUUAAGGAUCCCCCGUCAGGACUAUACAGCUGUGUCUGAGCCUGUUGGUUCCUUAAGGAUCCCCCGUCAGGACUAUACAGCUGUGUCUGAGCCUGUUGGUUCCUUAAGGAUCCCCCGUCAGGACUAUACAGCUGUGUCUGAGCCUGUUGGUUCCUUAAGGAUCCCCCGUCAGGACUAUACAGCUGUGUCUGAGCCUGUUGGUUCCUUAAGGAUCCCCCGUCAGGACUACACAGCUUUUUCUUUCUGCCGUCUUUUAUAUUAUUAUAUAGCAACGUUUUAAUAAUCAGACAAACGCUGGACGAAUUUUCACAGACAUGUCUUAAUAUAUGAUUUUACUGUUUUUUUUGUUUUUAGGUGUUAUUUUAUUAAAUAAUGUGAGGUUUGUUUUGUUCACCUGUAAAGCUUCAAAUUGACUGCACGGUACUCUCAUUACCCUGGCUGACUGUUGUGAAUCCCAAAUGGCUCCCUAUUCCCUAAUAUAGUGCACUACUAUUAACCAGAGCCCUUACCCUAACCAGUAGUAGUGCACUAUAAAAGGAAUAGCUUAAGGGACCAUUUGGGAGCCUGGUGGUGUGCUGCGUAACUAGACAAUGUCCUCUCGCUGUGCUAGUAAUGCUAUAAUGCUAAUGGUGAUAGGCUAGGGAUCAGUGGUAGUAAUGCUAUAAUGCUAAUGGUGAUAGGCCAGGGAUCAGUGGUAGUAAUGCUAAUGGUGAUAGGCUAGGGAUCAGUGGUAGUAAUGCUAUAAUGCUAAUGGUGAUAGGCUAGGGAUCAGUGGUAGUAAUGCUAUAAUGCUAAUGGUGAUAGGCUAGGGAUCAGUGGUAGUAAUGCUAAUGAUGAUAGGCUAGGGAUCAGUGGUAGUAAUGAUGAUGGGCUAGGGAUCAGUGGUAGUAAUGCUAAUGGUGAUAGGCUAGGGAUCAGUGGUAGUAAUGCUAAUGAUGCUGGGCUAGGGAUCAGUGGUAGUAAUGCUAAUGAUGCUGGGCUAGGGAUCAGUGGUAGUAAUGCUAAUGGUGAUAGGCCAGGGAUCAGUGGUAGUAAUGCUGAUGAUGAUAGGCUAGGGAUCAGUGGUAGUAAUGCUAUAAUGCUAAUGGUGAUAGGCUAGGGAUCAGUGGUAGUAAUGCUAUAAUGCUAAUGGUGAUAGGCUAGGGAUCAGUGGUAGUAAUGCUAAUGGUGAUAGGCUAGGGAUCAGUGGUAGUAAUGCUAUAAUGCUAAUGGUGAUAGGCUAGGGAUCAGUGGUAGUAAUGCUAUAAUGCUAAUGGUGAUAGGCUAGGGAUCAGUGGUAGUAAUGCUAAUGAUGAUAGGCUAGGGAUCAGUGGUAGUAAUGAUGAUGGGCUAGGGAUCAGUGGUAGUAAUGCUAAUGGUGAUAGGCUAGGGAUCAGUGGUAGUAAUGCUAAUGAUGCUGGGCUAGGGAUCAGUGGUAGUAAUGCUAAUGAUGCUGGGCUAGGGAUCAGUGGUAGUAAUGCUAAUGGUGAUAGGCCAGGGAUCAGUGGUAGUAAUGCUGAUGAUGAUAGGCUAGGGAUCAGUGGUAGUAAUGCUAUAAUGCUAAUGGUGAUAGGCUAGGGAUCAGUGGUAGUAAUGCUAAUGGUGUUAGGCUAGGGAUCAGUGGUAGUAAUGCUAUAAUGCUAAUGGUGAUAGGCUAGGGAUCAGUGGUAGUAAUGCUAUAAUGCUAAUGGUGAUAGGCUAGGGAUCAGUGGUAGUAAUGCUAUAAUGCUAAUGGUGAUAGGCUAGGGAUCAGUGGUAGUAAUGCUAUAAUGCUAAUGGUGAUAGGCUAGGGAUCGGUGGUAGUAAUGCUAUAAUGCUAAUGGUGAUAGGCUAGGGAUCAGUGGUAGUAAUGCUAUAAUGCUAAUGGUGAUAGGCUAGGGAUCAGUGGUAGUAAUGCUAUAAUGCUCCCUAACACAGUGUCUGUUCAGACUGAUUCAUUACACAGUGUCUGUUCAGACUCGUUCAUUAGACUGUUUUGUUUUAACCAUGCUUUUUGCCAGGGGCGGCAGGGUAGCCUAGUGGUUAGAGCGUUGGUCUAGUAAGGGUUGGCGUCAAUUCUAGGAAGUUAACUGAGAUUUCAAUUCCAAUUCCUAUUCUCUUUUUUUUCUUUUCAAUGAGGAAAAUGUGGAAUUGGAAUUUGGUUUACUUUCUGAAUUGACUGAUAUUGAAAUGGAGUUGAACCCAACCCUGCUUUCUGCUAACCCUAAGACAUGGUUAGCAGGGUUAGCAGGGUUAGCAGGGUUAGCAGGGUUAGCAGGGUUAGCAUGGUUAGCAUGGUUAGCAGGGUUAGCAGAAAGAGAGAGUAGUGACUUGUUUCAGUGCCUAAUGCUUUGAGUACUGAGUAGUGACUUGAUUCAGUGCCUUUAUUGUAGAAUGACUUGUUGGUUGGUCUGUUGAUAGUUUUCAGAUGCCACCUCCCGUUCUCUUCAAGCCCAGCUCACCUAUCUCUAGUGGACAGGACAGGUUCCUACCCUUAAAAAUGUACGUGUGAUUAGGGUGGUUGGCAGGUAGCCAAGGACCGCUGCAGUUCCCUCCAAGCAACUCGUGUCAAGCAGAUCACACCAUUUACCACGGCCUACAGCAAGACUGGUCUACAGGGUAAUAGUAGUGUGGGUAGGAGCCAGUGUCUGGAGUCAGACCAGAUUAACGUCAUUAAUUACCCAGUGUCUGGAGUCAGACCAGAUUAACGUCAUUAAUAACCCAGUGUCUGGAGUCAGACCAGAUUAACGUCAUUAAUAACCCAGUGUCUGGAGUCAGACCAGAUUAACGUCAUUAAUAACCCAGUGUCUGGAGUCAGACCAGAUUAACGUCAUUAAUUACCCAGUGUCUGGAGUCAGACCAGAUUAACGUCAUUAAUAACCCAGUGUCUGGAGUCAGACCAGAUUAACGUAAUUAAUAACCCAGUGUCUGGAGUUAGACCAGAUUAACGUCAUUAAUAACCCAGUGUCUGGAUUUAAACCAGAUUAACGUCAUUAACAACCCAGUGUCUGGAUUUAAACCAGAUUAACGUCAUUAAUAACCCACUGUCUGGAUUUAAACCAGAUUAACGUCAUUAACAACCCAGUGUCUGGAUUUAAACCAGAUUAACGUAAUUAAUAACCCACUGUCUGGAUUUAAACCAGAUUAACGUCAUUAAUUACCCAGUGUCUGGAUUUAAACCAGAUUAACGUCAUUAAUAACCCAGUGUCUGGAGUUAUCCCAGAUUAACGUCCUUAAUAACCCAGUGUCUGGAGUUAUCCCAGAUUAACGUCAUUAAUAACCCAGUGUCUGGAGUCAGACCAGAUUAACGUCAUUAAUUACCCAGUGUCUGGAGUUAUCCCAGAUUAACGUCAUUAAUAACCCACUUCACAUAAAAUAGUGUCUGUUUUGCACUGAAUUUAAAACAACCAAUCUAUCAAAUGUAGAUCGCUACAAAUGAGUCUGCACUGCUUCCAUGAUAAUGAAUUAGCAUGCUAUAUAUAUUGAUAUGCUAUUAUGGACCACCAUGACUGGUGGUGCGCUGUAACAUGAACGACCUGAAUGUUUAGGCCCCUGACACCACUACCUGUCCGGGAAUGACUGCAGCCUUGUAUCGUACUGUGAUGACCUGGGGUGUGUUCAUUAGGCACCUAACAGAAGAAAACUGACUGAAACAGGGAGAGACUACCAGGACUAGUAGUCCAAUAACAAACACUAAUGUAUAUUUUCCUGUUGGAAAACAUGUGGUGUGGUGUGGCCUGCUGAACACUACUCUGUAGUGGUCAAAUGGCACCCUUUUUCCAUAGGGGUUGAAAGUAGUGCACUUUUUUAUUAGUGGAUAGGGUGCCACUUGGGACACGGGUCCCUGUGUGUGUCUGGCAGGGUUACAGAAUUCUGUGUCACAAAGGGCAUCCUAUUCUCUAUGUAAUACACUACUUUGGAGCAGGCUAGCUUUGCUCGGUCUAUGUAGUCCCCUUAACUAUUGCUGUUGUGUGAUUUAAUUAUGUCAAUGAUCUUUUCAUAUUUAUGCCUCAGCACCACUGUUUUUAUUUUUUCAUUCAUGCUGUACUGUGAUUUUUUGUUGUUGUUUGUUAUUUCUUAUUUGUUUUGUUUAUAAUUAAACUGUUCUCUCUGUGUGUCCACUAAUUACAAUUAAUAAAUAAACUUACCUCGGAGUUAAAAGGUC